AUGGAUCCCUCAGGCUCUGUUACGAUUCGCACCCGGCAAUUCCUCACCAACCGAUUGCUCCAGCGCAAGCAGAUGGUCGUCGACAUCAUUCACCCCACCCGUCCCAACCUUUCCAAAGAUGAGCUCCGGGACAAACUGGCUGGGAUGUACAAGUCACCCAAGGAGCAGGUCAUUGUCUUCGGUUUCCGAACUCAAUUCGGUGGUGGCAAGAGUACCGGAUUCGCUCUGAUUUACGACACCAAGGAGGCCCUCAAGUUCGAGCCCAAAUACCGACUGAUCCGAUUUGGCAUGGCCGAGAAGAAGCCAGCAGUCGCACGGAAACUGCGCAAGGAGAGAAAAAACCGGGCGAAGAAGUUCCGUGGAACACAAAAGAAGAAAGCCGACCAAGCCGCCAAGAAGAAAUAG